AUGACGAGCGGCAACAACGAUCAGCAGCCCGAUUUUGCAUCCUUUGGCCUGCCGUCCUCCUUUGCUGGCUUCAGCUCAGCGGGCGGCAGCGGGAGCAACAACGCCAACGCUGCGCCUCGAGGAGGAAGAGGGGGAGGUGGUGACAAGAGCAGAGGCAGAGGACGCGGAGGCAUCGCGGCAGGAUCAGAUCGAGGGCGAGGGAGGGGCGGAGGCAAGUUCGCACAGCGAGGUGGCCGGGGAGGCGCUGGAGGGGAUGGUGGUCGAGGCAGAGGCAGAGGGGGACAUCAAGGUGGUGGUGGCAGAGGAGGUGCGACGAUAGGUCCGGAUAAGCCUGCUCAGGGCUUCUUCGACCCCUCUUCCCUCGAGGAUCCAUGGGCAGGCCUCUCAUGA